AUGCCCCCCGAAGCAACCUUCAAAUCCUACACGCCAACCCAAGGCAAAACAUACGCCCAAGCCCGCAGCACCUAUCACCCAAACUUCUACAAGGCCCUCCUAGCCCACCACACCAGAACAGGAGGCCAAACAAAAACCCUAAUAGACGUCGGCUGCGGGCCCGGCCCAGCAACCCGCGAUCUAGCAGUCUAUUUCGACCGUGCUAUCGGGUUCGAUGCGUCACCUGGUAUGAUCGAGACUGCAAAGAGUCUUGGUGGGAAGAGCUUGAGUGGAGAGGAAAUCGAAUUCUGUGUUUCCGGUGCUGAGGAAUUGGGACGUGGAUUGAAGGGAUUAGUUGUGGAGGAUGGGAGUGUUGAUUUGAUUACGGCUGCUACGGCUGCUCAUUGGUUUGAUAUGCCUCGUUUCUGGGAGCGGGCUGGUCGGUUGUUAAAACCGGGGGGUACUGUUGCGAUUUGGGCUAUGAAUGUUGAUGGGCCUGCUGAUGAUAUGCCUAAUGCUGAGGCUAUCCGUGCUGGGAUGGAUCUUAUUCGGGAGCGGGAGCUUGAGGCGUUCUUUGAGGAGGGGAAUCGGCUUGUUAGGGGGCUUUAUGUUGGCUUGCCUUUGCCUUGGGAGUGUGGGGGUUCUGGUGAGGGGUUUGAGAAGGAGAGUUUUGUUAGGAGGGAGUGGGGGACUGAGGGGGGCAUUGAUACUAGGGUUGCUGGGAAUGAGUUCCUUUUGCAUGGUGAGAGGAUUAUGGGGUUGGAUGGUUUUGAGGUUGCUAUGGGUACUGCUAGUCCGGUUACGAGAUGGCGGGAGGCGAAUCCUGGGUUGGUUGGGACUGAGGGGGAUGUUAUUCGGUUGAUGAGAAGAAUGAUUGAGAGGUGUUUGAGGGAGGCUGGGGUUUCAGAGGAGGAGAUGGUUGUUAAGGGCAAGGGGGAGGGUGUUUUGUUGAUGGUUAAGAAGAAGUAG